AUGGCAUCAUCACACCUCCUCCGCCAUACCGACCCCGGCCCCCUAACCGUCAAACACUUCAUCGACUCCUUCCAGCGCAUAUGGCUCGAUUCACGAACAGCCCGAACAGGGCGACAUCAUGUUUCUCAUCUCCCACGGAGACUCGGUCUCGCCAUAAGCGGAGGCGCAGACUCCAUGGCCCUCGCCUACCUCUGCAAACAAUGGGAACGAACCCAAACCCAAACGAGCGACGAGAAAACCUCCGUCACUGCAUUUGUCGUCGACCACAAAGCCCGCGAGGAAAGUACCCGCGAGGCGAACAUGGUUGCCGGCUGGCUUGAUGAUAUGGGCCUACAAACGCAAAUCCUCCCCCUAACCUGGCCAUCUCACCACAUCUCCGCUUUUGAAACCCACGCCCGCCGCCUCCGCUUCCAGGCCCUCGGCCAAGCCUGUCGAGCACAUAGCAUUGAGACCCUCCUGAUGGGCCACCACCAAGAUGAUAACGUCGAAACGACCCUCUGGCGCCUCUGCACGGGUGCCAGGGGCGCUGGCCUAGCGGGUAUUCCAGCAGUGACGCGCAUUCCUGAAUGCCAUGGCUUGUUUGGAGUUGCGGAGAGUGGAUCCUCAAUAACGUUACUGAAGCCAGGAAACAGUGACUAUCGAAUAAAGACUACAAAUACCAACGAACUCAAACUCACAGGAUCAUCAUCUAACACUACACAACACCAACAAACAAAAUACAAAAUAGCAACAGGCGGCAUCUCCAUAGCCCGCCCCCUCCUCGCCUUCCCAAAACAAAACCUCCUCGCAACAUGCAAAGCAAACAACAUCCCCUACGUCGAAGAUCCAACGAACUUCGAUCCAACUUUGACUCCCCGAAACGCUAUCCGGAGUCUUCUCGCAGAGAGGAAACUCCCUCGUGCGCUGCGCGAAGAAUCUAUUCUUUCGCUAAUGAGGAAGAGUAAUAUGCUUCUGCGGUCAGUGACGCAGUCGUCGAAUGAGAUGCUUGAUCGAUGCGAGCUUCUAUCAUUCGCUCCUGAUACGGGGAGCAUGAUAGUCAGAUUCCCCCCGCCACCACCUUUAUCAGAUAAACCCAACUCAGCAGAACAGAAGAAGAAUGAUAUCCCAUCGCUCAUCCUCCGACGCAUCACGGAACUCAUCUCCCCGUUCCCGGAGAAUCAUUUCCCGCUGAGGAGUUUCGAGGCCUUUACUUCACGUGUUUUCUGUCCCUCUCCUUCUUCAGGAUUCCAGGGAGGAGAAGGCAGCAUAGCAAAACAGCAAUCCUUCACGUUGGGUGGCGUUAUGUUCCAACCUCUUCGAUGCGAUCUAUCCUCAGCCUCUACCUCUACCAAAACUACUCCAGAUAUCACAAAAGAGGAUGGAGGCUAUGGAAAUACAUACCUUCUGACUCGCCAACCAUACAUGCGCAACCGACUUCCUAUUCUUCCUAUCACUGUUCCCAUCGAUUCAUCCUCAACAUCUUCCGAACAUAGCACAACUAAAUCUCAAGAAACUACCAAUAUGUCAUCAUCAUCAUUAUCAUCAUCAUCAUCGGAAUGGCACCUCUGGGAUAACAGAUACUGGUUCCGUGUCACGGGGACGAGCAUAUCACCUUCAUCGGGGGCAGCUCCGGAAUCCACAUCGCUAUCGCUGAUCGUGCGGCCGCUACAAAAGUCUGAUUUGAAGAACAUCCGCACGGCAGCGUCAAAAGAGGAAAUGCGAGCGUUAAUGGAUCGGUUGGGGCGGGAUGCGCCGGGAUUAGUACGUUUCACGGUGCCGUUGUUGGUAUUGGUUGGAGAUGGAGGGAAAGAGGUGCCGUUGGCGUUGCCGACUAUGGAGACGUGGUUGCCUGGAGCUGAAGACAUGCUACAGUCAAUGACCUGUAAUAUCCGGUGGGAGUGGAUGUAUAAGAUGAUUGAUCAGGAACCGUUGGAACGGAUGGGUUGGUUGAAGAACUAG